GUACCCUGCGCAGUAAAGAGGGGUGCCGUCGGGAGCGCGCGGCACACGUGACCGCCAGGCUCCGCUCGGGAACGCGCUCAGUCAGACAAGCGGGGCGAGAGAAAUAAAAAGAGUCCCCGCGGUGGAACCCCCUCCCCCCCUUCGGUAACCGGACGCCGCCAUGUACCGAGCCCUGUACGCCUUCCGCUCCCCGGAGCCCAACUCGCUGCCCUUCUCGGCCGGGGAGAGCUUCCUCAUCGUGGAGAGGACUAACCAGCACUGGUGGCUGGCCAGCCGCUGCAGCAGCGGGGACACGGGCUACGUACCGGCCUCCUACCUGGAGAGGAUCAAGGUGCAGGAACAAGACGUGGUUCUCCAAUCCAUCGAUCGUGCCAUCGAGGCCAUACACAAUGCCGCCAUGAAGAACGGGGGCAAAUACAACCUGGAGCAAAGAGAUGUCCUACAAAAACUUAUCCAUCACAGGAAGGAAACUCAGUCUCGAAAGACCCACUCACCGACCGGCCAUUCAAACUCCUUGAACGCCUCGUCUAGUGACCACCACUUGGAUUCCGGCCGACAGCCUAACGGUGUUUGCCGGAGUGGUUUUGACCAUCACAUGAGUUUGCCCAACUCAGAUGUGACGUCUGAGGAAGACGCCACCUACCAGGUUCCCCCUCAGGCCCGUCGUGCUGCUCCUACCACACCUCCUCCCCCAGAGAAACUCAGAAGUGCCCAGACAAAACAGACUACUAAAAAUAGCACUGACAAAUCCUCCCGGUCCAUACUGCACAUGUCCACUACAAGCGUGUCGUCUCUUGACACAGCCUGCACAGCUUCCACAGACUCUUGUCAUAUCUCGGCAACUUCCAGUCCCAGUAACACCCCGCCACCAGUGCCCAGUAGAAGCAUGCACACUACAGUGUCUCAUAACCUGGAGGCCUGCACCUUGGUCCCCGGAUCCCUGAGCUCCCACAGUAAGCAUGCAGCCCCGGGGCCUCCGGAGCAGGAGAAUCUUGCCGAAAUUCAUCAAAAUGCCCAGACCAAGCGCACGGCUCCGGCCCCUCCUAGCGUGGAAGCGUUCAACUCCGUCAUUUAUGACAGCAAAUCCAAAACGCCUUCAAAGCCUGCCUCCACGGAGCCUACAAGCAGGUCCAGCAGUGUGCCAAAGUCCAUGGGUGCGGAGUUAAUUGAACUGGUCAGAAAGAACACCAACCUUAGCUAUGAGCUGUCUCGCGUGGCGAUUGGAGUGAUUGUCGGACACAUUCAGUCAACGGUACCGUCUACCGGGCCUGUGAUGGAGCAGAUUCUCAUCUCUCUGAUAGAAAACAAGGAUUCCAGGUCUGGAUUACCAUCUGGGCAGAUCUGCCAUGAUGAGCAGCGUUUGGAAGUUAUCUUUACAGACCUGACCCGGCACAAAGAUGAUUCCCAGCAGCGGAGCUGGGCUCUGUACGAAGAUGAGAAUGUCAUCCUUUGUUAUUUGGAGGAGCUUCUGGUCAUUUUGACCGAUGCAGACCCCGAAGUGUGCAAGAAGAUGUGCAAGAGGAACCAGGCCGAGGCUCUGGAGUCUCUGGUGUCCUAUUAUCAGAUGGAGCACAGGGUUGCUCUGCGUCUGCUGCUGCUGAAGUGUUUCGGGGCCAUGUGCAGUCUGGAUGCUUCCAUUAUUUCCUCGUUGGUGAACUGUGUCCUUCCUAUGGAGCUGGCUCGUGACAUGCAGACACAUACCCAAGAACACCAGAAAAUGUGUUAUUCAGCAUUAGUCCUGUCCAUGAUUUUCUCUAUGGGAGAACCUCUUCCUUAUCACCAUUAUGAGCAUCUCAACUCCCAGUUUAUUCAGUUCCUGCUGGAUGUCAUUGAGGACGGCCUGCCUUCUGACACCACCGAGCAGCUGCCGGAUCUGUUCAUCAACGUGCUGCUAGCCUUUAAUCUGCACAUUGCAGUUCCGGCGAACAACGUGAUUAUGAAGACUCUGUGCAAGCGACCCAAUGUCAAGAUAUUGACAGAGAAGCUUCUGCUGCUUCUUAACAGAGGAGACGAUCCCGUCUGUAUCUUCAAACAUCAGCCGCAGCCGCCGCACUCCGUUCUGAAGGUCUUACAGGACGUUUUCGCCAGCUCCGAGACGGCGAACAUCUUCUAUCACAGUGAUAUGAUGGUCAUGAUCGAUAUCAUUGUCCGCCAGAUAGCAGAUCUGUCUCCUGGAGACAAGCUUCGCAUGGAAUACUUGUCUUUGAUGCACGCCAUCAUCCGCUCAACUGGCUAUCUCCAGCACCUCCAUCGCCGUCAAGACCUGCAUAGCAUAUGCCAACGUAUCCUGGGCGAAGAAGACGAAGGGCCUCAUUGUCAAAUGGACAAAAUGAUCAUCCGGGAGAUCUACAGAGAGUUCCCUAAUUUGUCCCCUAAGAGCGGCUGAACGGGCACCACCGAGUUUCCAAAUGUUUACAUAAUCCGUAUAUCGUCUUUCUGUGAGAGGCCCGGCCAGUCGGUCAUGGCUUGUUAACAGAGCAGUACUAGCGCCCCCCUUCUUCCCCCUGUGGAAGAGGCACAAGGUCUUAUCCAGAUUUUUGCUGCGGGCGCAACGUGUCUUUGCUACUGAAAUGUUAACCUGUUUUAAUUUUGCAUUCGUGAUUCAGUUAGCUUCCCAUUGCGCUGUGCUGAGGGGGUCAGACUGGAAUUCAUAGGUUCAUGUGGUGACCCCGUAUCAGGGGUGUGCUAUUGUGCAGGAGGAAAUCCUGCAGUUUUUCUACCAGGAAUGACCCUCUGAGUAGAAAUCUGACUGCCAGGACACUUUAUAUGUACAUUAAAUAAGAAUUCUGAG